AUGUUGAAGCUAUCGCCAUUGGACUUUUCGCCUUAUUUUUUCUCGGCAUAUUUUCUUUCUUUCUUUUUCACAUUCUUGAAAAUCUUGUCUUUUGUCUCUUUUUUCAUCUUCUCCUCUAUCUGUAUUCUUUCUUUCUUUCUUUCUUUCUUUCUUUCUUUCUUUCUUUCUUUCUUUAUAUCACGCCUUUCUUUUCUUUCUCAGUUCGAUUUAUCCUCUGUCUGCAUUCCUUUUUCCCUUUUUUCCUUCACUUUCUCUAUUCACCUUACGAGUUACCUCUAUUCUUUCUUUCUUUCUUUCUUUCUUUCUCCCCCCCUUUGUAUCAUGUACUUCCUUUCCUUUCCUUGUUCGCCUUAUCCUCUAUCAUCUUUCUUUAUUCUAUCUUUGAAUAUUCCCUGUCAUUUUUAUCUUGUCUUUUCUUAUUCUUCUCUGUUCGUCUUAUCAUUUAUCUGUAUUCUUUCUUUCUUUCUUUCUUUCUUUCUUUCUUUCUUUCCCUCUCUUUCUUUCUUUCUUUCUUUCUUUCUUUCUUUCUUUCUUUCUUUCUUUCUUUCUUUCUUUCUUUCUUUCUUUCCCUCUCUUGAUAUUUUGUAUUUCCUUUCUUUGUUCGCCCUAUCCUCUACCUGCUUUCCUUUUCCUAUGUUUAAAUAUUUUCUGUCGUUUUUAUCAUGUCUUUUCUCUUCCUUCUCUGUUCGUUUUAUCUUUCUUUAUUUCUUCGCCUUAUCGAAAAUAUUUCUUUCUUUGUUCGCCUUAUCUAUAAUCUUUCUUUCUUUCCUUUUCCUCCUAAUCGAAUUCUAA